GUGUGUAUGUACAUGUGUGUAUCUGUACAUGUGUCUGCCUGUAUGUACAUGUAUGUGUGUGUGUACAUGUGUCUGUGUGUUUGUGUGUAUGUAUAUACAUGUGUCUGUGUGUACAUGUGUUUGUGUGUGUAUGUACAUGUGUCUGUGUGUAUGUACAUGUGUGUGUGCGUGUGUAUUUCUGUGUAUGUACAUGUAUCUGUGUGUAUGCAUGUCUGUAUGUGCCUGUGUGUGUAUACAUGUGUCUGUAUGUGUGUGUGUGUGUGUGUGUACAUGUGUCUGUGUGUGUGUACAUGUUUCUAUGUGUGUAUGUACAUGUCUGUGUGUGUGUGUGUGUGUACAAGUGUCUCUGUGUGUGUUUGUUGCCCUGUCUUAAUGGGUACA